UUUCCACGCUUUCCUCGCUCCGGCGCUGUAGUGCACGUGCGCGUCAUACGGUCGACGCGUGAGUUUCGUUUUCCGUUGACCGUUUUUCACCUUCUUGAGUUCCCAUUUUCGGUUUCGCGGCCGGCAUCAUCAAGAUGCCCGGCUCCAGGAAGAUGAUCCUGGGGCACGUCAUGUCCGGCAUCUGUUCCAAAAUGAACCGCACCAAGCAGCUGCCCGCGGAUGUGAUGGAGACGCCGUUGAACCGAUGCCUGAACACGUUCGAUAUCACCCUGCUUGGUGUGGGGCACAUGGUGGGCGCCGGGAUCUACGUGUUGACCGGGACCGUGGCCAAGGAGAUAGCUGGGCCUGGGAUUAUUAUUUCAUUUCUGCUGGCUGGCCUCGCAUCGUUGUUGUCGGCGCUGUGUUAUGCAGAAUUUGGCACCAGAUUGCCGAAAGCGGGUUCUGCGUAUGUUUACACCUACAUCAGCGUCGGAGAGUUCUGGGCCUUCGUCAUAGGCUGGAAUAUUUUGCUCGAGCAUAUGAUUGGAGCAGCGUCGGUGGCGCGGGCCUGGAGUGGCUAUGUGGACUUCUUAUUUGGUGGAGCUAUCUCUAACACGACGCUUGCUAUCACCGGUGAAAUGCACGAGCAGCUGCUUGGUAAAUACCCCGAUGUGCUGGCGUUUGUGGUGUGUAUUGUGUACGCAUCUCUGCUGGGCAUCGGAGUGAAGGGUUCCGCGAUUGUGAACAGUUUUCUGACGGUAAUCAACUUGAGCGUAAUGGGGCUGAUAAUCGUUGUUGGGUUGUAUUACGCCAAUGAGGAAAACUGGACCAGCCAGAAGGGCGGGUUCCUUCCAUAUGGUUUCAGUGGCGUGUUGGCUGGAGCUGCGACGUGUUUCUAUGCGUUCGUGGGUUUCGACAGUAUCGCCACUUCGGGGGAAGAAGCGAAGAAUCCUAGUUUUUCCAUUCCAAUGGCUACGGUGCUGUCCAUGGGCAUUGUCACGCUGGGUUAUAUUCUGAUCUGUACGGCACUCACUUUGCUCGUGCCCUUCAACCAGAUCAACCCCAACGCCGCGCUGCCAGAGGCGUUUGCUGGUAUUGGCAUGCAUUGGGUGAAAUACGUUGUAAGUAUCGGAGCACUCUGCGGUAUGACUACUACCCUGUUUGGAUCGCUGUUCUCGCUACCGCGGUGCAUGUAUGCAAUGGCAAGCGAUGGACUGCUGUUUGGAUUCCUCGGUGACGUAAACAGCAAAACACAGGUUCCUUUGACUAAUUUGAUCAUCUCGGGUUUCUGCUCCGCGUUGAUUGCGCUUCUCUUUGACUUGGAAAAACUUGUCGAGUUCAUGUCUAUCGGUACCCUACUGGCGUACACCAUUGUGAGCGCUAGUGUCAUUAUUCUCCGUUACAGACCCGCGUUAUCCCCUAGCAGGAGCAUCCUCACAUUAGGCAGUGAGAUGUCUAUGAGCACUAGUGAACCCACCACGCCAUCGGAAGUUGUCAAUAUGGCGGGUACCCUUCGUCUGAAAUACGGUUGGUUGAGUCCACUCCUAAGUGGUUCAGAACCUGGCAGUGCGGUGACUGUUGCUGUAAUGCUCUACACCGUUUUUUCCGCUGCCUUAUGCGUGCUUCUGCAGGUCAGCUCUAAGGAUUUAAAGAGUGGCAUCUGGUGGACGAUCCUGCUUGCCGGUUUCUUCAUCCUUGUGAUGGGCGGCUGCAUGCUGGUCAUAGUAGCACAUCACCAGAAUCAGGAGGGUUUGCGUUUCAAAGUGCCAAUGGUACCGUUCAUACCGGCGCUGAGCAUUGUCUGCAACAUUGAAUUCAUGAUCCAUCUGAACGUGCUCACAUGGCUGCGCUUUUUCGUCUGGAUGAUCCUCGGCAUGCUGGUGUACUUCCUUUACGGCAUUCACAACAGCAAAGAGGGCGAGACCAUGUCCACCUAUUCCAUGCUGAUGACUUCCUCAGAGGCCGUCAAGGAGAAAUGGGGCAGCACGACACGUACCAACAUUAAGGGCAUGUUGACGCGACGGAAAAAUUCCACGCCCAGCGAGAGGAACGCUAUCAUGGACGACGACAAUGACGACGAAUUGCCGUGAAUUUGAUUCAACUCUGUGCAGAAAAUCAGUGACAAUAGAAUGGCCACGCGGCAAGACGACGACAUGUACGCACAUUUAAGUAAAAUGUGCACAUCUACACGUUAAUUUGCUAGGUUUUGCUGCUUUCGUGAAGAGAUUUAUUCGCAACUUGUUACCGACAAGUUCUUAGAACACACGCACUACAAUGGGAAAUCACAAGCUAGAGAAUUUGCUGAUUUUCUCCAGAAAGAGUGUCCUGAACAACAAAUUGCUGCAAAGAUGAAAGACAGUAUUAUGAUAAAUAGAAAUAUAUUCAGAGACGGCAAAGGAGGAGUAGUUUUGUACCUGAAAUGGCCGCGCACGCAUCCAUGGAGUUACGAUUUUGCACAAAGUAAACAAAGAAAAGGAAAAGGCGAACAACAGCAGUGGGUAACUAUGUAAAGAAAAGUAUAGCGUAGUAUAGAAUGUUAUGUUAUAUAUUAAAUUAUAUGUGGAUUAUUCUAUGGAAACUGCUACAGAUUACGAAUGUUUCAUUAAUUAAGAGUCUAUGUAUGUUUAAUGUACAUAAAUUAUAUGAAAUCAAA